GAGAGAUCCUAUCCCAGGACGGACAGGCGAUACCAGAACAGUUAAAGAAAGAUUAGCUUCUACAACUAUGUAUCUAAAAGAGUUCAUUCAGAUGGAGCUGAGGGACGAGUGAUGAUGAAGUCCAUAAUCAAGACGAAGCAGAAGUGCAGACCACGACCAGGAGGACAGACGACCCAGCAGGAAUCACUCUCACUCAGACAUGCAGGGUGGUGUCGGGGGCGUGGUCCACGGCCAAGAGUGGGAGCGUGGGCGAUCCACCUGUCCAGUGUGCAAUUAAAUAAAACUAAUAAUACUUCUCUUUGGUGCAGAAAUAAGAAACAUUUCUGACUUCAGUCACACAUGGCUUUGAAUUAAUGAAAUCCACGUAUUUAUUUUGCCUCAGGAUUCAUUUCACAGUCGUGUUAUUGAGUUUUGUUCGUGUUUUUCUUUUAGGCUCCAUCAAUAUUUAAUCCUAAACAGUAUUUGGAAGGAGCCUGUGGUACACAAACAAGAAGUCAUUGUUCCCGUGAUGUUUGUGCUCUGGCUCAUGCUGGAAGCUGCCCGCCACUUUGCUGACAACACGUGAAUGUCAACACAGCAGCAUCAGGCCACUCCAGCUGAAGCCCACAACGUGGUUAUGUUGUGACAGAAGAAGUGCAGAAAGGGGUUUUGCUGCCAGAGAGCAUCAUGGGAAAGAUCAUCUUCUAUGAGAACAGAAACUUUGGAGGUCGGAAUUACGAGUGCAUGAGCGACUGCUUUGAGCUGCUUACCAUGUUCGACCACUGCCACUCCAUCCGCGUGGAGAGCGGCCUGUUCAUGAUAUACGACAAGCCGGGCUUCACGGGGAACCAGUUCUUCAUGAGAACGGGAGAGUAUCCCGACUUCACGGGGAUGACUGGCAUGGCCCCCUGCGUCAGAUCCUGUCGCGUGAUCCCCGCUUACACUGGAAACUUCCGGAUGAGGCUUUAUGAGCACUUUGACAUGAGAGGUGACAUGGUGGAGCUGAUGGACGACUGCCCCAACCUCAUGGACCGCUUUCGCUUGUUCCACUUCAACUCAUGCAACGUGAUUGAUGGCCACUGGCUGCUGUAUGAGCAGCCCCACUACAGGGGGCGCCACUUCUACCUGAAGCCCGGCUGGUACAGCAGCUACAAGGAGUGGAGUGCGAUGAGCUCCAGGAUCGGUUCCAUCCGGCGGCUCACAGAACUCUGAGGAGCGAACAGAAGCUUGUGCCCAGAAGGAUUCAGAGCUGUUCCUGCAGCAGGUGUCCCCUGGUCACGGUCUGACACCCUCACCCACA